CUUGGCUUCCUCCAUCUCCCUUAGAUGCUCAGGAUCACACACAGCACAAACUCCCAAACAGCUGUGUGUCUGCACUCUUAAAGAAUUAUGUUUAGAAAAGGAAACAAUUUUUAGAUGAGGGUAGGUGAGGGAUUGCUGAAUUGGUGUGUGAAGAUGUUUUGGGUCCUUGUCCUGUUCCUGACACUGGUGAGAACCACUGAAGAGACUGUGAAAAGCUGGGACUACUCACAUACUUCAGGUCUCAGUCAUUUCAGGACCGGACGAUGGGAUAAACGUUUAGCGAGACUGCCGCGUGACAUUAGCAAUGGGCGGAAUCGGAGUGGAACACGAGGCGAGGAAAGCCUGUCUAUUGAUACUCUACCUGAUAACCAGACACAGAUACUAGAGGACACCCACAAUUAUUAUGCAUCAAAAGUUUUUGGGCCAUCGGAGUUUCAAGGUCAGGACCUGUGGGUGAAUUUACUGCAAGAGAAAGACAAAAAGGCCAGGGUGCAUAGCAUCCUCUCCAAUGCACACAGGCAAGCCUCGAGAGUGGUUCUUUCGUUUGACUUUCCCUUCUAUGGACACCCAGUCAGGCACAUCACAAUAGCAACUGGAGGUUUUAUGUUUAUGGGAGAUGUCCUUCAUCGCAUGUUGACCGCAACACAGUAUGUGGCACCCCUUAUGGCAAAUUUCAACCCGAGUUAUUCCACGGAAUCCACUAUUAGCUACAGAGACAAUGGCACAUCUUUUGUGGUUCAAUGGGACAAGGUCCACCUCCAUGAAAAAGAAGAUGCUGGAGGCUUCACUUUUCAGGCUGCACUAUACAAAGAUGGACGUAUUGUAUUUGGGUACAAAGAGAUUCCCCUUCCAGUGAAGGACAUCAGUCCAGAAAAGCAUCCUGUCAAAGCUGGUCUCUCUGAUGCCUUUGUGCUUCUCAGUCCUUCCUCAGAUGUUCCAGAAUCACAGAGGCGUACUAUUUACGAAUAUCAUCGGGUGCAGCUAGACCCCACCAGGAUUCAUAACCAGACGGUUGUGGAAUUCACCCCUCUGCCAACUUGUCCGCAGCAGUCCAGCUGUGAUCAGUGUGUGACCUCUGCACCUACCUUCAACUGCAGCUGGUGCCAUGUACUACAAAGGUGCUCCAAUGGCUUUGACCGCUAUCGGCAAGACUGGUUGACAUAUGGAUGUGAGCAAGAGUCCCAGAGCACAUCCUGUGAGGAGUACCUGGAUUCUUACACUACAAUUGACACUUUCCACCCUGCCAUCUCAUCUGAAGGAGAUUUGUCAACUCCAACAACUUCCACAGGCCUCACCACAGAAGAUGACACAAAAUUGACUCCAUAUGUAGGAGAUGAGCUGCAAGAGGAGUUGCCAAAGAGACAGAGUGGGUCCCAUGUACAUUUUGGCACUAUUGUUGGCAGUGUACUGGCAGUGCUACUAAUCAUGGUCAUAAUACUGGUUGUCAUCUAUAUAAACCACCAGAAAGGCAAACAAGGGAGACACUGCUGUAUGGAGUAUCGUCCCCACCAGUGGGCAGUUAUGAAGUUCAACAACUACUACGAAAGCCCCGGUGUGUACACUGUGGUGGACUCUACAUCAGGACUUGGUAAAGAAGGCUUUAUGGAGACAGAACAAUAAGAACUUCAACCCCUACAGGUGGGGGAAGACUGAGGGGCUGGAUCCUCCCAAUGAGUUUAUUGAAUUCUGUCAGACUUGGAACCCCACCCAAAACUCUAAAGACUACACAUAAAGAAGAAAUAACUGUUCAACUACAGAAUAUUGUAACUCCUUGCCCUCAUCUUCCUGGCUCUGCAAUACAUCUCAGCUUAAGAUAAAUGCAAAGAUUAAUGUGCACUCUCUCCGUGAGAGAUCUGCAAAGCAAUGUUGCUGCACAUUUGCCAUUUUUUACCACAGCAUCAUAACUCUGUUGAACAUUAUGCUCAGGUAUCAGAAAGCAGAGGAGUAGUAAACCUCAUCAUAAAUAAAAAUUGCAGGGCACAGCACACCCACAGAUAUUCACAAAUAUAUCAGCUUUUCAUAGACUUGCAGAACAUUCCAUAUAAGCGUAUCACUGCAGAGCAUAGGCUGGCAAUAGAACACUGCAGAAGUAUGCAUUUCAGCAUGAGAAACUGGAUAGUGUAAAUACACUGAUUUUAUUUUGUAUAAGAAUGGUAGAAUCUUAUCACACAGCAUGAUAAUGCUAAGCAUUAUAUUUCAAUAUCAGAGACGGGACUGAUUCAGAGUUGCACUAAAGUUCACUUUGCAGAUAGUGUUAGUGUAAUCAACUUUGCUGGCCUUCGAGUCAUAGGCAUCUUACUUGCAUCUUAGUAUGUGCACACCUGUAGAAAAACAUUCCCUGGGUAUGUAGGCAGAAAUGUGGCCUACUGAGACUGAUCUCUUGCACCAAACAUAAAGCUUGCAGUAAUGUGAUGACAGCUCUUUGACAAGCGGAUGGAUAAGGAAGGUAGUGCUGCAUUAAUACAGACAACUCUAAAUACAGGUGGUGAUCUGCAUUUGUAUCUGAGCACACUAUUAGGCAACAGAUGCCGCCGCAUUGCAUGUGACUCUGAAUCUGCCCCAAGGUGUGUGCCUUCAUUCAGCCUCUGUAUUAAAUCAUAUUUCAGUAUAAGAUGCACCAAACCUUAUAUAAGCCACAUGACUGCAAGAUAUUACACAUCAUUACUUGAGUUUAAUAACCUUCCCUUCAAGAACCUCAUAAAUGUUAUAUCCAGUAUCCAACAGAGACAAUACCACUGCCCUAUUUCAGCACUGUCAUAGAAUUUCAACCCAUCAUAAAAAUAGGAAUUUAAUACCUACCAGUAAUUCCUUUUCUCGUAGUCCGUAGUGGAUACUGGGAAAUGUAGUUACCAUGGUGUAUAGAUUGGGUCCACUGGAGCCUGGAACUUUAAGAAAGCAUUAGUGUGUGCUGGCUCCUCCCCUCUAUGCCCCUCCUGCAGACUCAGUCUAGGAAACUGUCCCCGAGGAGACGACAUACUUUGAGAGAAGGAUAUAACACAAAACAGCGGUGUGGCAACGAACCAACACAUAAAGAUAACAAAGAUAGCACAGCUAACCAGAACCGAGGAAAGCAACGCUAACUACAAGAAGGAUAGCAACGCUAACCAAACAUGGAACAGGGAAAGCAACAGCAGGCCCAACCAAGAACACUUUGUGUAAGUGUAAGCAGGUAAGCAGGAAAAUGAAGCACUGAGGUGGGCGCUCAAUGGGUUUAUUCCGAGUUGAUCGCUAGCUGCCGUUGUUCAAUGCGUAGCGAUCAGUGAAAAAAAUUGCUAAUCUGCGCAUGCGUAUGCACCGCAAUGCGCACGCGCAUGGUACGGGUACGAAGUCCAUUGUGGUUUUGCACUGGUUCUAGUGACGAUUCCAAUCGCACAGACGAACGCAAGGAGAUUGACAGAAAGAGGGCGUUUAUGGGUGUCAACUGACCGUUUUCUGGGAGAGUUUGGAAAAAUCCAGGCGUGGCCAGGCGUUUGCUGGGCGGGUAUCUGACGUCAUUACCGUGUCACUCAUCGCAGCAAUCAUCGUACAGGAUAAGUAACUACAGGGCUGGUCUUGUUUUGCAGAAAAUGUGUUUGCAGGCGCUCUGCUGCACAGGUGUUCGCACUCCUGCAAAGCAGAAAUACACUCCCUGUGGGCGGCGACUAUGCGUUUACACGGCUGCUAAAAACUGCUAGCGAGAGAUCAACUCGGAAUGACCCCCCAUAUCCACUAUGUACUACGGGAAAAGGAAUUACCGGUAGGUAUUAAAUUCCUAUUUUCCCUAACGUCCUAGUGGAUACUGGAAAAUGUAGUUACCAUGGGGAUGUCCCAAAGCUCCCAGAAUGGGUGGGAUAGUGCUGAGACCCCUGCAAAACCACCUGACCAAACUGAAGGUCAUCUUUGGCCAAGGUGUCGAACCUGUAGAACUUCACGAACAUGUUCGAACCAGACCAAGUAGCUGCCCGGCACAACUGUAAGGGCGAGACACUCCGGGCAGCUGUCCUGGAAUAAUCCGACCUUGUGGAGUGGGCCUGAAUAGAACUCAGCAGCAGCAGAGCUGCUGAAGUAUAGGCUUGUUGAAUAGUCAAUCUGAGCCAACGAGCAAUGACUGCUUGGAAGCAGGGCGGCCAAUUUUGGUAGCAUCAUAAAGGACAAAAAGCAAGUCAGACUUCCUGUGACGAGCAGUCCUUUUUACAUAAAUCUUCAAAGCCCUCACAGCAUCCAGGGACUUUGGAGCAAUGGAAGUGUCGGAUAACAUCGGUACCACAAUAGGUUCAUUUACGUGAAAUGCCGACACCACUUUCGGCAAAAACUGGGCGAGUCCUGAGCUCCGCCCUAUCUUCGUGAUAUAUCAAGUACAGGCUCUUAUAGGAUACGGCCCCCAACUCCGACACCCAUCUUGCAGAGGCUAAGGUCAGCAACAUGACAGUCUUCUACAUUAGAUAUUUUAAGUCUACCCUAUGCAAGGGUUCAACGCAGUCCGACUGGAGAAAGGUCAAGAGCACAUUGAGAUCCCAUGGAACCGUGGGAGGGAAAAAGGGUGGCUGAAUGUGAAGAACACCCUUUAAGAAAGUCUGUACCUCUGGUAGUACCACUAGUUGUUUCUGGAAGAAGAUAGAGAAAACGAAAAUCUGAACUUUGAUGGAGCCUAAUCGUAGGCCCUUAUCCACUCCUGCUUGCAGGAAUAGAAAACAGCCCAGACGAAAUUCCAUAGGGGAAUAUUUUCUACCCUUGCACCAAGAAACAUAUUUUUUUCCAAAUAUGGUGGUAAUGUUUGGAUGUGACCAGUGACCACCUUACAGGCCUGGACCAUAGUUGAAAUAACCUUGGAUGGGAGACCCUUUUUAGUUAAAAUCUCCCUCUCAACUUCUAAGUCGUCAAAUGUAGCCGCUGUAAGUCUGGACAGACAAACAGUCCUUGUUGAAGAAGGUCCUUGAGAAGUGGCAGAGGCCAGGGUUCCCCAAGAGACAAGGUCAGCAGGUCCACAUACCAGGCCUGUCGAGGCCAAUCUGGGGCAAUUAGUAUUGCCUAAAUUCUUUCCUUUUUGAGUCUUUUUAGAACUCUUGGAAUGGGAGGAAUUGGAGGAAACAGGUACACGAACUGGUAAGCCCACUGUGUCAUCAGAGCAUCCAACAUGUUCGCCUGCGGGUCCCUCGUUCUGGAACAGUAACGAUUCAGCUUUGUGUUGAGACGAGAAGCCAUCAGGUCUAUUUGUGGACAACCCCACCGGUGAAUCAGUAUGUGAAAUACUUGAGGGUGAAGGCUCCAUGCCCCCGGAUGGAGGCUAUGCCUGCUUAGGAAGUCCGCUUCCCAGUUGUCCACACCCAGAAUGAAUAUGGCUGAGAUGGCCCUUGCAUUGGCUUCCGCCCAGAGGAGUAUCCUUGACACCUCUCGCAUUGCGGCCCUGCUUCUUGUUCCUCCUUGUCUGAUGAUGUACGCCACUGCCGUGGCAUUGUCCGACUGCACCUGGAUGGCCUGAUUCUGAAGGAGGUAUGAGGCCCGCAGGAGAGUAUUGUAAAUCGCCCUGAGUUCCAGGAUGUUGAUUGGAAGUGCAGAUUCCUGACUUGACCACUUCCCCUGAAACUGGGUCCAUGGGUCACAGCACCCCAACCCUGGAGGCUGGCAUCCGUUGUUAGCAGAGUCCAAGACUGGGUACUGAAACUUUGACCCUCCACUAGAUGGGUGACUUGCAGCCACCACAACAGAGAAAUCCUUGCUUUCGGCAACAGAUUUAUACUCUGGUGCAUGUGCAGGUGAGAUUCUGACUACUUGUCCAACAGAUCCAGUUGGAACGGCCAUGCAUGGAACCUGCCGUACUGAAUUGCCUCGUAGGAGGCUAUCACCUUGCCCAGCAAGUGAAUGCAUAGACUGAAUAGUCAAGGCCUUGUCUACUGGAAGGUACAUCUUCUGAGACACUGUAUCCAAGAUCAUCCCCAGGAACUGAAUUCUCUGAGAUGGUUCCAGGUGUGAUUUCUGGAAAUUUAGGAUCCAUCUGUGAUCCGUAAGCAGACGAGUAGUCAAGUCGAUGCUGUGCAGCAGCUGUUCCCUAAACACUGCCUUCAUCAGGAGAUAUUCCAAGUACGGGACUAUGUUGACACCCAUCAUGCAUAAUUGCAGCAUCAUCUCUGCCAUGACCUUCGUGAAUACCCUUGGAGCUGUGGGUAAGGCCUGAAACUGGAAAUGUUGGUCCAGUACAGCGAACUGGAGGAAUGUUUGGGAGGGUCCAGAUUGGGACAUGCAGGUAUGCAUCCUUUAUAUUCAGGGAUACUAGAAACUCCCCCUCCUCCAGACCUGAUAUCACUGCUCUUAGUGAUUCCAUCUUGAAUUUGAACACCAGAAGAUAAGGGUUCAGGGAUUUGAGGUUCAGGAUCGACCGAACAGAGCUGUCCGGCUUCAGGACUACAAAGAGACUUGAGAAAAAUCUCUUUGUGUGUAACAGAGGAGGUACUGGGACAAUAACUCCCUUUGAAAACAGUUUUUGAAUGGCUUCUUGCAAGGUAACUCUUGCUACAGGUGAAGCUGGUAAACCUGACUUGAAGAAUCUGAGAAGAGGUAGUUCCUGAAAUUCCAGCCUGUAUCCUUGGGAUAUGAGAUCCCUCAUCCAAGGAUCCCAGCAGAACUCUGCCCAUAUGUGGGCGAAGUGUUGAAGGUUAGCACCUACCUGAAAGUCGCCUUGCUGCUGGGGCUAACCGUCAUGCGGAGGGCUUCACUGAAGAGGAUCCGGAGGCCUGGUCCGAAGUUCCAGCAGCUGCUGGUUUAGAGGACUUACCGCGAGUUCCACUAGCAGCAUUGGAGGCACUUCUGGCUUUGACUCUAAAUCUGGCCACACAAAAGGACUGCAGAGAGGGCCCAGGGUUGAGAUGUCUAGCAGGAGGCAGAUAUGUAGAUUUACCUGCUGUCACCUGAGAUAUCCACUUGUUCAGUUCUUCCCCGGACAAGGAAUCACCUGUAAAAGGAAGGUUCUCCACACCUUUCUUGCAGUCCGCAUCUGCUGACCACUGUCGCAGCCACAGGGCUCUACGAGCCGAUACCACCAUAGCAGUGGUACUGCCAUUAACAAUACUUAGUUCCUUAUCAGCCUCACUCAUGAAGUUUGCAGCUUCUUGGAUAUGUUGCAGUAAUGCGACUAUAUCUCAGCCUGAGGUAGUGUAUACAACCCCUUUAUAAUAUUAUCAGACCAUUUUACCAUGGCUCUAGAAAUCCAUCAGCUGGGUCUUUGAGAGAGAUAGCACCAGGUACAGGUAGUACAAUUUUACGUGACAGCCUGGACACAGACGAAUUCACUGUAGGUGGGUUUUCCCAGACUUUCCUAUCCUCGGCAGGAAAGGGAAAGGAAUUUAGUACAUGUUUAGGAGGAUGUUCAGGAUUUAUCCACGCUUCCUUUGACAGGGAAUUUAAUUUCUUAGAAACAGGGAAGUUUGCAGGUGACUUUGGUUUCACGUUAAAAAACAAUUCCUGUGCUGGUUCUGCUUCCUUAUCUGGAAUGUUGAGGACCUCCCUAAGAACAUAAAUCAGGGCCUCAACUCCCUGGGACAGGGAAUUAUCCUUGUCUACCUCUAAUUCUCCCUCAUCUAACUCUGGUAAUUCAGAAUCAGAGUCAGGCUGCAAUAUCUGUGGGAGAAUGCAUUUAUGAGAGACCAACAGGGGGGGCUGAGGUGCCUGUCUGGGGUCGGCAGUAGUUAACAUGAGUGUCCAUAGAUUGUUUCAGGGUUUGCCUUUCUUGCUUAGCCAUAGCCAACUCUGAAUUUAUGUUAGUAAUCACUGAUUUAAAUGAUUCCAUCCAUUCAGGUUCCUGCAUAUUACUACCCUGUGAUGGUAUAGAGCAUUGGGUACACAUUAGAGACCCCUGUGAGGAAGAUGUAAACCUAUCCUUACAUGAAGUACACAGACUUAUUUUCAGACAUGCUACAGCAGAAAUAACAGAGAUAAUGAGAAAACACAAUGCAGUAUUAGUGAGAUAGCACACUUAUCCCAGACAUACCCGAAUGGAGUGACACAGAGAGGAUUGGGACCAGCACACAAAGCUCAGAUCAGGGCAUAUAUAUAUAUAUAUAUAUAUAUAUAUAUAUAUAUAUAUGUGUAAUUUACCUUACAGCAGUAUAACCGCUGACUAUAUGCUCCCCCUUCUCUAUAACCCCCUGGUACCAGUACAAUUGGUGAUUCAGUGGGUUCUACGGAGGAGCAGUCUCUGCAUGCAGCCUGUACAGAGCAGCAGUAGAAAAUGGUGGCUUUUGCUUCUGGUCCCGCUCUCUGGGAAGCCCCACCCCCUCAAUGGCGCGCGGUCCCUCUGCUAUUUAUACUGGUUUCACUCCAUAAAUGUGUAAAAAAAGAGUUUGCAACGCUUUUUUUUAUAUGCAUCUCCAGUGUGGGUAUGCAGCGGGCACAGCAGCCCGUAGCCGGGUAAUCCGCUACCCCUUCAUGCCGCCAUGUUCACCGGGUACCCGCUAACCGGAACCCUGGUGUAUGUACUCCCUGCACCACGUCUUCUGUUAGGGGUGGCAGCAUGCUGCCGGCGUGGGCUCACAGUCUGGGGCAUGAGAAACAUCACCUCAGGAGCUCAGUGUUCUGUCAGCGGGGAUACGAACCAUUAGUUGGUUCGGUCUCCCCCCUAAGUCCCACGACCCAGGCAGACUGGUUGCCAACCAGUGUGCCUGAAAACAACAAACUAAAACAACAUUUCUGAGGAAAACUCUCUGGAGAACAACAGAAUGCACCCAGAUCCUUGGGCACAUUUUUCUAAACUGAGUCUGCAGGAGGGGCAUAGAGGGGAGGA